AAAAAAGGCUUCCCAUUGGCAUUUUCUGACCUAGAAUUGUCAUGGUUCCUAAGCCAAAUUCAUUUUGAGAGCAUUCACAACACCCUGUUUCUUUCCCUUUAUUAGGCCAGUUGUUAACAGGAUUUAUCAAUUAUUAAUUAUUUGUCACCUGUGCCAGCAUGUAAACUCUGAUAAAAUAAAGGUGUUUGUCUCAGCUGCAUCAUCAGGAUUAUGAUAGCUUUGGACACAUCGUACACUCAGUAUUCAGUUGUUCUAUAUAGACAUAUACAAAUGUAUCCUAGUUAUUCAUAACUGUGCAUGUAUUUAUACAUAUGUUUAUUGAUGAAUAAAUAAUGAUGCAGGUCUGCUGAGGGCCUUGAAGAAGUUAUGUGUAGACAAUUUAAUUGCAGAUUUUAAGCCAAGAAUGCUUUUUUUUUAAACUCUUAAUUGAUUCAACACUUCACUUUUGAAAUAUUGGCCUUCUUUCCCAGACACUGUUUAUAGCUUGGGGAAAUGGUCUCCUCCAUCAGUACAAACACCAGCUGUGAUUUGCAUCUUCUAUUUGGCUUUGUAGAUGUUGUUUGAGAAGUUUGGAGUGAGUGUUAUAGUCAUUUUUACAGCAUUAACCUGGGAAAUGAUUUCUCCAGCAGAUUCCAUGGACAGCCUCUCUCGCACACCCUCCUCCCUGCAACCGUCCUCUGCCAGCUCCCUUCCUACUGCCUCUGCUGCCAGCUCCUCUUUGCCAACAGAUGACCCAAACACUAAUACCAUAGCCACUGAGGAAACCAGAAGUGAGUCAGACUUUCCCUUUCUUCCUGAUUAUCUGAUUCUGUCCAACUGUGAGACUGGAAGACUGCACCAUGCCAGAUGUGAUAGCUGGUCAAACUCAGAUCGCUCAUUGGAACAGACUUCUUUCGAUGAUGUUUUUGUUGACUGCCUUCAGCCAUCAUCCUCCAGUAACUUGAUCCACCCCUCACGACUUGGGAAUGGAUCUCAGGAAAUGCCUUCCAUGAGGCAACCGGCUGCCCUUAUCUGGGGUAGAGAAGUCAAUGGGCCAACCAGGGACCACUUGUCUUGUUCACCACUACUGGAAAGUUUCCUAAAUUCCACAAUCCAGGUAGAUAGAAACCAAGGUUUCUUGCCCUGUGGAUCAAAAGAACUAGACACCAUGGCCAACACUCCACCUCCCCGCCCUCCUAAGCCAAGCCAUCUGUCUGAGCGGCGUCAAGAAGAACAGCUCCUGUGGAGGCGGGACAGCAGCAGCAAGAAUUUAGAAUGCACUAUGGCUCCAAGAAGAAUCUCUCUUUCGGGUUUGGAUCAUGUGAGGUCCUGGAGAGUUGAUGCAGAAGGCCAAUCCUUAAGACACCGAGAAAAACGGCUUAGUUUAAACUUGCCAUGCAGGUUCUCCCUGAUGUACCCCACAUCUUCAGCCCAUGCUGAAGACAGCUAUGUCCCCAUGAGCCCUCAAGCCAUUGUCAGCAGUCUUGGAACCCACUGCAACCAGGAUGACUAUAUCCCAAUGAGCUCAGGAAGCAUCUCAACUCCACUACCAGAGCUACCUGCAAACUUGGAGCCUCCCCCAGUGAAUAGAGAUCUCAAGCCUCAGAGGAAAUCACGGCCACCUCCCUUGGAUCUGCGAAACCUCACAACCAUCCGAGAGCAUGCAUCUCUAAGCAGGACCCACACCGUGCCUUGCAAUCGAACCAGCUUUCUGUCUCCAGAAAGAAAUGGUAUUAAUUCUGUGAGAUUUUUUGCCAAUCCUGUUUCCAGAGAAGAUGAAGAAAGCUACAUCCAAAUGGAGGAACGCCGGACAGGCAACUCCCUGAGUGGUGGUGCUCUCACAUGGACCAAGAAAUCCAGCCUGGAUUAUUUGGCUUUGGACUUCAAUUCAGCAUCACCAGGCCCUGCACAGCAGAAACUUCUCCUUUCAGAAGAGCAAAGAGUAGACUAUGUGCAAGUGGAUGAGCAGAAGACACAAGCACUCCAGAACACAAGGCAGGAGUGGACAGAUGAGAGGCAAUCAAAAGUAUGAGAGAUGGAGGCUCAGGCCACAUGCCCAGCAAAGAAACUGGGGCUCAGUCUAAAUUGUUUGCUGAAACCAUCCUAAUGGGCAACACAGGAGGUUGGAACUAACAGAGAAUGUAGACUUUCCGUGGUCUUAGUUGGAGCUUUUACAGAAUGGGGCAACCCCACUUAGCACCCUCUGCUCUUCCCUUCUGCAACUACAAAGCCAGUACCCAGUCACAGGAGGCAGACAUUGAGGGUUCCACAGCUACAGACUGGAAUACAAAAACUUUAUUCAUUUGGACAGGUCAGCAAUGACAAAAAGAAGACUUGGGAGAAUAUUUUCCUCCAAAUUCUGU